GGAGUUGGAGUCGCUGUUUCGCAGCCAAAGCGGAACUAGAGCGGCCGGCCCGUGUUGUUCCGGGCUGGGGCUCUAUACCCAGCGCACACUGGAAGCCUGCCCCUCCUGCCGGAUGCUGCAGCCUGUCUGCAGCACGGGAAGCUGCCUGGGGCAGGGCCUUCUGCUAAGCAAAAAUGUUUCACCUUGUACAGCGAUGUUGUUUCCAAAUACCUUUAAAUCUCCAGAAGUUGACCCUUCACAGACAGCUACAGUAUAGAUGGAAUAAGACCAUCUGCUGUUCUCCUCCCAGUCUCUCUCCGCAGAGAAUUCUUUCCCGUCCGUCGAGAUUUCAGCUCCUCAGCCAGGCCUCAGCCUGUGUAACCAAGGCCCAGGGGUUCCACUGCUCUCUCCGCUGCUUAAAGAAAAAGAAACCAAAAGAACCAGAACCUGAACAACCGGGGCUUGUGCGCAAUGAUAUGAAGUCACUAAAAGACUCACCGAAGCCUGCUAUUUACCUGGGCCUUGCAGGACUGAUUCCAUUUGUUUCGGUGCCACUGAUAAUGGCUGCCCAACAGACCUACUACCCCGAGUUGGCAUUUGCUCAAAUUACAUAUGGGGCCUCUAUCCUCUCUUUUCUAGGAGGAGCCAGGUGGGGAUUUGCCCUCCCCCAAAAUAGCCCAGCUAAUCCCGAUUGGAUGAACUUAGGUAACAGUGUAGUUCCUCCUUUAAUAGCUUGGUUUGCCAUACUUUUUAAAGAUGACCUCACUCAAGCUGCAAUUACGGUGAUAAUUGGAUUAGGGAUAGCAUUACAUUAUGAUCUUGCCUUUCUUCCUACUUAUCCCAGCUGGUUUAAAGCCCUGAGAGUAGUACUAACAUUGGUGGCAGUAUUUUCAUUGGUAACCACUUUAGUACUUACAGAUGUUUUUCCAGAGAAGCAGCUAAGUAUUAGUGCAAGAAAAUGAAACAUAAUAAACCAACAGCCCAAAAUACUUUUCUUCUGUCAAGCCUAAGCAGAAUUAUUAAUUUGAAGAAGGUAAAAGAAAAUGCUUAGCUUCUCUCAGCCAGGAGUGGAAAUCAGAAAACAGCAGCUUGCAAGAUAUUUACUUUGGAGGCAACCAGUUUUGAAGCAAUUUAAGCAGAGAAGGAUUUGCAUAUACAUUAGUUAUUCUCUUUGGAUUAUUUUCCAGGCAGGUAGGAAUCUUCCCUUAUUUGUACAGCAAGAGCCCAAUCCUGAUUGCAUCUUUCAGUACAACCAUAAUAAGUGUAAAUAUUUGGGGUAGAUUGAGCUCCUCAUGUACUCUGAAUACUUAUUAAAACAAAAAUGAGCUUAA